UUAUGUUAUUUUGCGCAUGUGGAUGCGUGACACGUACAUUUUGAACCCAGGCCUUUUUCAGAUCCUUCUUGCCUUGCCUUUAUCACGGCAGCACCGCAAAAAAGAUAUGGGAAAGUUUACACUUAUUUUAGGUCUCUUCAUCACAAUUGAGCUUGUCUCAAGCAGUUUGCUAACAAACACUUUAACAGUGACAGAACAGUAUAGAUUGGCUUUAAAACUUCAACAACGACCAGCUGAUCUCGCAUCAGCAUUUUAUUCUGUAUCUGGACUAAAAGCAUUAAACAAAGAAGUCAAUGAUGUGGAUAGUUUUUGCCAAGUUGCAACAAAGAAUGUCAAACAAGAUGAUGCAGAAUCCGUCUACCAGUUCUCAGAAGUUGUAAAACAUUUAAAGUGCAAGAACAUUCCAAACUUAUCAUUAAAUGGCUUAAUCAAUGACGAUACUGAUUCUGUUAGUUUCGGACGUGUUAUAACUGCAAUGGUCAAUCUUGGAAAUCAAGUUGAUGUUACUACUAUCAAAAAGUUUGUUGACGUUGCUAAGGAUGUUGAUACUCCUGUGAGUGCCGCAGCUGCUUUUUACACUGUCAGUCUUCUUCCAAAAAGUCAAGAAGUAAGGACUAUUGUGUCAAUGGUUGAGGAUAUUGUUGCCCAAGCUGAUGAAAUUGGUGGUGAAUCUUUACAGUUUGAAGGAGGACUCUCUGUCACCUCAGAUGUCAUCAAAGGCAUUGUUGCACUUUCCGACCAACAAGGAUCACCUCUUAUGAAAGAUGAGCAAGUGCUGAAGUUUGCAAAUUACUUUGUGAAUAGAAAGUAUGUUUCAACAUUAAAAGAAAUUCACCAUCUGCUAAGUGCACUAUCUGCUCUUGUUACUGGAAAACAUCAAACACCAGUUGUUGUUUCUGUUUUUAAAUCAAGUUUGAUUACCAAGGACAACCCAGUUUUAAAGGUCCGAGUAACCAAUUUGUUGGAUCAGACCAUACCUGAAACUGACGUGACAGCCAAAUCAUUCACAACUGCUGAUGAAUCUGUUACCCUGUUUGACAACAAAGCUCUAACUAAAACUGGUGAAAAGGAUGACUUUAUCGUUAUUGAUGGUGAUGUUGCACGAGGUUACAUUGCUGCACAUUCGUUUAGUCUGGAUGUAAUGGCUGCUCGACCUUCACGUGGGAUGUAUAAGUGCAAUGUCCAAGUUGGUGUGAAAGAUAAGAAAAAGUUUUUACUUGGUGGUACAUUUAGCCUCGGUGUGAAAGUUCUUGCUAGAAUCAUGGUAGAGGAUGUUGAAGUUGGAGUUGGUGAUAAAGAUCAGGCUGUGCUUUCAAAGACAACGAAAUUAGCAUACCCUGACAAACUUUCAAAGCUGUUGGAUGCUGAUUUUCACCAGAAGGUUGUGAUGACCUUCAACCUAAAAGAUUUAAAUGAUGGAAGUUUAGUGAAUGUUCACCAAACGUUUGUUCGACUUACAAACGAAGAAACACAGCAAGAGGUCUUCUUUGUUGCUGAACCAGACAGUAACAACCAUUAUAAAUUUACUUUGGAUGUUUCUUCAACAGGAAAAGAUUCUUUCAACAAUUUGUCUGGAAAAUAUAAAAUGGCUUUAGUCAUUGGUGAUGCUACGAUGCAGGUUCCUAUUAGUUGGGCAUUGGGUGCCAUUACGUUAACGUUUUCUGGCAAGGCAACAGCCAGUAAAAGACAGCAACGGUUGGCUAAACCCAAACCUGUUAUCGAGCAUAUGUUCCGAAUUCCUGAAAAGCGGCCAGCCAAAGUAGUGUCAACUGCUUUUACAGUUUUGGUGCUGUCCCCUUUAUUGGUUAUGUUUGCCAUGUGGGCAAAAAUCGGUGCAAAUCUAUCAAAUUUUCAUUUUUCUUUGCCAACGUUGUUAUUCCAUGUUGGAUUGGUUGGAAUCUUUGUCUUGUACUACAUGUUCUGGACUCAAUACAAUAUGUUUCACACAUUGAAACUUCUCGUAGUGAUCGGAGGUGUAACUUUUCUCGGAGGCAACAAGAUGUUAGCAGACAUGGCUGCUGCCAAAUACAAAGCAUAGAUUGUUUGCAUCAUUCGUGGCACUCAUGCUGUGAAAGUUACCUAGUACUUAGGAAUUUCUCAAUUUUUUGUAUGCAGGAGGUUGAGCACGCUAUUAUUUCCAUCUGUUACUUUUUGUUCUUGUGUGCAGGCAAUGAAAAGUGGAAUGUUAUGCUCUUUCUCUGAAGUAGCAUCCUGGAGAUAGAUGGUAUGCUUAACCCGAAAAUUUGUGAAGAAGUUUUUUGAUUAGAAUAAAUUGGAUUAAAUGA